AUGACGGACGCGAGCCAGCAGCCAGCAGUCCCCACGGCCUUUGCGCCUCCGCCGCCUUUGUGGAAACACUUUACGCGCGAGAACCUAGACGAGCUAGAGAAGAUCAAGAACGAGGCAUCCAAGGGCGAGGAUGGACGCAUCAAUCGCAACAAGCAAUGGUCGUCUUCUGAAUUGCGCGCCCUAGAUGUGCCCCCAGAGCUGCGCUUCCUGGUGCCGCCGGAGAUUCCCACCGGGCAAUACUCUGUCUUCGGCGAGCUACAAAGCCUUUCAACGACAUUACCAUCUUUGAAAGAGCAGGGUAUCGAACAGCUAUACCCGGAGCCAGAGACCGAUACCUCACACGACCCUUCUAAGCCCUCCCCGCUCAACCACGCCUACUACCUACUGAAGAUCAGCAAAUCCCUUCUUCUCAACUUUCUAGAGUUUGUUGGAGUCCUUUCGGUGUCUCCCGAGCAAUUCGAGUCCAAAGUAGAAGACAUGCGCAAUUUGUUCAUCAACGCCCAUCACCUUCUUAAUCUCUACCGACCCCAUCAAGCCCGAGAAUCGCUCAUUAUGAUGAUGGAGGAACAAUUACACCGCACCAAGGACGAGAUUGAGCAAAUGGAUAAAGUCAAGGCGGAUAUCGAGAGUGUCUUGGAUCAGCUGGAGGCCGAGGGUCGCCAAGUGGGCUCGGUUGAACAGCUAGAUCAUGCUAGCGACUCGAAGGAGGCGGCUCGACGCACUAUUGAAGACCGCCGGCUGGUCUGGGAUCUUCUGGACCAAGAAAAGUGA